CGGGAACAAAGAAGAGAACGCGGGAGCCCGGUGCGCGGGUACGCGCUCUCGGCAGACUGGUUGAGCGAGCGGGAGAGACCCGGGGCACGUGCCGACGGGAGCCCCGCGAGUGGCGCGCCGGGGAUCCAGCAAAAGAGGCGGUGCUGCGUGCUGGUUUUCCUGACUACCUUGGCCUCGGUUCCGGCCGAUUGGGUAGGGAGGCCCGCGGCGCCCCCUCGGUCGGCGCGCCAGCGGCGGUAGCGGAAGAGGCGCCAGCGCUGCUGCCCGGAGGGACUGCGGGGCGCGCGUUUCCUGUUUGGCCGGUUCCAGCCAGCUCGAGGACAAAAUACGCUUGCGCGCGGCAGACGGGCGCGCUCGCCGUCUGAGCCGUGAGCGCCGGGCGCAGUCCGCCUUUUUCCGGAGCAGCCCGGGCACAGUGCUAAUCGGUAGCAGCAGCCGCCGCAUCGGCUCCGCACUGGGGGACCAAGGGAGGAAAAAGGCGGGGUUGACGGCUCUUUGCUAAGAGUGGGCAGGACCGGACGCCAGAGACAAAGGCUCUCAAGGCAAGAGGGACUGUGGCCCUGCGACGGCGCAGCUCGGGAUUUUUGACCCAAGGACUUUUAAUCCCUUCGUUUUCCUUUUCUGAUUCUUCUCUUAUCCCUAGCCCGCGUUUCCCCCCCACCCCCAUCCGCGACCUCGCUCCUCACUGGGAGGGCCGCCAUGGAGGUCCCGCCCCGGCUUUCCCAUGUGCCGCCGCCAUUGUUCCCCUCCGCUCCCGCUACUUUAGCCUCCCGCAGCCUCUCCCAUUGGCGGCCGAGGGCGCCGCGGCAGCUCGCCCCGCUCCUCCCUUCGCUCGCUCCCAGUUCCGCCCGGCAGGGGGCGCGCAGGGCCCAGCGCCACGUCACCGCCCAGCAGCCCUCCCGAUUGGCGGGCGGAGCGGCUAUAAAGGGAGGGCGCAGGCGGCGCCCGGAUCUCUUCCGCCGCCAUUUUAAAUCCAGCUCCAUACAACGCUCCGCUGCCGCCGCUACUGGUACUCGGUCUGCGCGCCAGCACCCCCCUACCGACAGUUCCGCCACCAUGGAGGACAUGAACGAGUACAGCAACAUAGAGGAAUUCGCAGAGGGAUCCAAGAUUAACGCGAGCAAGAAUCAGCAGGAUGACGGUAAAAUGUUUAUUGGAGGCUUGAGCUGGGAUACAAGCAAGAAAGAUCUGACUGAAUAUUUGUCUCGAUUUGGAGAGGUUGUAGACUGCACAAUUAAAACAGAUCCGGUCACUGGAAGAUCAAGAGGAUUUGGAUUUGUGCUUUUCAAAGAUGCUGCUAGUGUUGAUAAGGUUUUGGAACUGAAAGAACACAAACUGGAUGGCAAAUUGAUAGACCCCAAAAGGGCGAAGGCUUUAAAAGGGAAAGAACCCCCUAAAAAAGUUUUUGUGGGUGGAUUGAGCCCAGAUACUUCUGAAGAGCAAAUAAAAGAAUAUUUUGGAGCAUUUGGAGAGAUCGAAAAUAUUGAACUUCCCAUGGAUACAAAAACAAAUGAAAGAAGAGGAUUUUGUUUUAUCACAUAUACAGAUGAAGAGCCAGUAAAGAAAUUAUUAGAAAGCAGAUACCAUCAAAUUGGUUCUGGAAAGUGUGAAAUCAAAGUUGCACAACCCAAAGAGGUAUAUAGGCAGCAACAGCAACAACAGAAAGGAGGAAGAGGAGCUGCAGCUGCUGGACGAGGUGGUACAAGGGGUCGAGGACGAGGUCAGGGCCAAAACUGGAACCAAGGAUUUAACAACUAUUACGAUCAAGGAUACGGAAAUUACAAUAGUGCCUAUGGUGGUGAUCAGAACUAUAGUGGCUAUGGCGGAUAUGAUUAUACUGGGUAUAACUAUGGGAACUAUGGAUAUGGACAGGGAUAUACAGACUACAGUGGCCAACAGAGCACAUAUGGCAAGGCAUCUCGAGGGGGUGGCAAUCACCAAAACAAUUACCAGCCAUACUAAAAGAGGACCUUGGAGAAAAGAGCGGGAACUUCAUUGCAGGCCGUGUGUCACCCUGACCACGUCUAUCUCUGGGGGUCGCACGUUGCGGGCAGAGCGCAAGGCAUACACCAGAAAACGCUGUCCUGUGGUAUGGUCUCUUCCAACUUCAUGUACCAGCGUAAAGAUUAAAGUGGAAAACUUCAGACUUUGGCUUCUUUUUUAAUCUUUUUGAAGAUUAAGUGUCUAAACUUAACUUAAAUGGUUUUUUACAGGAGUUAAAGUACAUAAAUGCCUUUUUACAGCUUAAUCAUUUUGGUCUUCUGUUUAGUGUUGUAUUUCAAUUGUGGAGCCUCAUUUUAAGUGUUCAUUCUUUAAGAUUUAAUGCUUGCUUUUUCUUUUUAUAGCUAAUAGUGAAAUCUACAAACCAAAACAACUUUUAAAUCUGGGAUAUAAAUUAAAGAUCAUAUGCACAAAGCAAUUCGUUUCCUUGUAACAUAAUGAAUCUAUUAGAAAUUCAUGUUUAUAAUAACAUUUUACUUGGCUUACUAGAUGAUUCUAGUAGACCUUAAUCUAGCACAACUCUAUCUGUGAAUAUGGGAAGAUUGCAUUCCAUUUCCAGAUUCUCUUCUGAGUAGAUUUAAAUUAGAGUCAUUUGGGAACUCCAGGGUGAAUUUAGCUACAAACUGCAUUUUGUCAGUGAAUAUGCAUAUGAUCUUUAAUUAUUGAAGAAAAGAAUAAAGUGAGGACUUAAAGCAAUUCAUGAAAGUGGACCUUUGAAAGCUUGUCAGAGUUGCACAAAUCUAAUUGUUAUUUUGUUUUUGUUUUUAGGAGGAAAUACUAAAGUAACCCAUCUUGCAGGACGAUGUGGAAGAUUGGUCUUCUGUUGAUCUAAGAUGAUUAUUUUGUAAAAGACUUUCUAGUGUACAAGACACAACUGUCCAACUGUAUAUAGCUGCCAAUUAGUUUUCUUUGUUUUUACUUUGUCCUUUGCUAUCUGUGUUAUGCCUCGGUGUGGAUUUGUUUAUACAAAUUUUAUUUGUAUGAUUUCAUGUUAAACCUCAAAUAAAUGCUUCCUUAUGUGAUUGUUUUUCUGUGUCAGGUACUAAAUAGCUCUGUAAAAAUGUAAUUUUAAAUAAGCAAUAAUGAAGGCAUGGUUUAUUUUGUAGGGAAUGUUGGUCCAUAGGGAGAAACAGUGGUCCUUUAUGAAUAGCCAGUCAGUAUCAUCCUGUUCCCAUUUUUGUAGAUGUGUUCUAUGCUCUAGGCUUCCUCUACCUGUUAUCCUAGGCUUCUACCACAUUGUUGAAUAAUAUCUCCAUCCGUAUCUGGAGACAUGGUCACGGUAUUGAGACUUGCUGGUAGACCAUGAGUCUUCCUGAAUUGCAUUUUCAAGAAACAAUAGCUUUUUAAUGAGACAAAACAUGGCAGUGGCUCCUUAUGAAUAGAAAAGAUUUUGUGUUCCUAUUUGGAAAGUUGUUUAUUACGACUCAUUCUUUGAUUUCCGAGUCAGUGGUCUCCUAGAAAGAGCUUUAGAUAAUAACAAUAUUACAAUUUUAACUUUGUUUUACAAUAUCUCCAGAUAUAUACACAGGGAGAGAACACUGUGAAACUUGCAGGAGCUAUAUGUAACUGAAUUUAAGAGUUUCAAAAGUAGUUAGCAAAUUUAAAGGAUUUUGGCAUAGGAAUAAAUAUACCCAUUAAAAUUGGACCAAAAAUUGGUUAAUCUUGGUAAGAUAUUUGAAGUAGUGGCAAAGUAAAAUGGUGUUAGGCCACAGCCACCACUGAACUGAACAAAGUUUUUUCCAUUAGGCAUUCUUAGGGAGCUGUAAUGGAGUUAACUGCUCCUGUGGUGUAAAUUAUUAGGAAAAAAGUUGUUUUAGUAAAUCCCAUCAUUUUAAGUGCAAUUGCAUGAGUCUGAGUAGUUAAGCAUUUCCAUAUUCAGACAUAGGAAGGAGUAGUGGAAAAGAAAUAACUUUAAGUCUUUUGUAUAUUAGUACAAAUAUUUUUUAAGUGUUGACAGUUUUUUAUCAUUACAGCAGAUCUCCCUGGUCUUGGAGGAUUUUUUGGGUAAAUAGAUCCAAACUUUGAAUUUUGUGUUCAGUAUAGUUAAUUGGGUUUAUGGAAGUUUGUUUCCAUGGUUGCACAUUAGCCUGCUGGGAUCAUUAAGAAAAAUAAUUAACUUACUCAGAUGCACACAUGCAAACCAGUUGAUUUCACAAACUACUUUUUAUGUUGAACCCGCUGUUAAAAGUUUGGUGCCUGCAACGUUUCUAUGAUGUUUGUAUUUGCUGGGCUAUUAAGUUUCAAUGCUCUUAGCCUUGUUUGUUUCUUUGUUGCUGUUCGACCUUAUAACCUAGGCCAAGUACCAAUGUUGGCUAUCACAAGGGAUUCUCUGUUCUUUAAACGCAACCUUAGGGAACUGAAGGGAGAUUGUUUCAUUUUAAGUUGUAUUGUCAAAGUCAGUAGGUGCAGUGUCUUUAGGGUAGUAAAUCCUGUAAAUUCAAAUUUAUGAUUAGGUGACAAGCUGACAUUGAGAUUGUCCUUUCCCUGAUCAAAAGUAAAUAAAGGCUUUUUUAAAAAAA